AGAAAGAGAGCUUAACAAUCGUUUUUGGGUUUUGGUCUCUUUCAACUCCAACGGCGAGUUUCAUGUCACACAAUCAAACCUGGAAAGUCGGCAUGAAUAUUUUGUUGCCUUUAUUCAAGGAUAUAAGAAUUCCCGGCGUUUUGCAGUCUUAAAAGAUGAGGAAUAGAAGCCUGAGGCAAAAUAACAGUUUAUAGAUAGAGUUAUGUAUGAUUACAAAUUCUAUCAUAGUAUUUCACUCUAAUGAAAUAAUGGACUCUAUACUGAUAGACGAUGAAAAGCUUUUAUACUUGGCAGAAAAUUGUAUCCGGUCUCUUAUUACACCGUUAUUGGUACCAUCUAUCGUAUACAGUAUCAUCACAGGAAUAAUAAGUGUCGCAUUUUAUGGAAAAUUCAUAAGAAAUGAUUAUUUCUUACCUUAUCUCUACUGUGGAAACGCAGCGUUAUUAUACUCUUUACAGCAUGUGUUUUCACUGAUUUUUAUUAAAGAGGAAACUGAUAUAGAUAAAUUAACUUUAUCUGCUAUCUUAAAAGAGCCGAGUAGCUUAUUGGAUUUCACUCACGAGAACGCACUUUAUGGCUCACUCAUUAUUACAACUAUUGGAUCUUUUUUCCUAAACCUCGCUUUAUUUCGUCUAUUAGAGGUAUGGAUACGACAGGGACUACAGAAAUAUCAGCAUCUAACAAGCUAUUACUUGACGGUUUUAUAUGGUGUCAUAUGCGCUCUGCCUUUUAGCUGCAAUCUUGCAGGGGAUUCAAUGCUAAUAAUCGAGGCCGGAGAGACUACAGAAGUGCUCCAGCAAGUGAUUAAAGCAUUAAAACUGAAACUCGCAGGAGCAGCCUGUCAAGUUACACUUGCAGUACUGUAUAUUAUUCUUUGUCUUUAUUAUACAUGGAUUGUAUUUUCACACAACAUAGUAGCGAAUAAGUUACUUAAAAAAGAUGAGAAUAGAGAAUUACUAUCAACGGGUACUGUCUUACUCUUUCGAAACGAUACCCCAGUACUGAAAAAGCAAGAAGAACAACUACAUGCAAUUAAUUUAACGACAUGCAAAGUGAAAAGAAUCAUUAUAGCCGUUAGCCUUAUUCUAACAGUAUUGGGUUCACUGAUGCUCAUAAAGUCUAUUUAUGAUCUUUAUACUAUUAUAUCCGUCAUUACAAGAGGACCUGUUUGGGAAAUUAUACCUUCUAUUAUUUUUAUCGAUAUUGAUACCAUCUUAAUGUUCAUUUGCGCCUACUUUUUCAAUUUUUUGCAGCUAAAAGAGCCGGUGUGGACAAGUAGUUAAUUUAAGACUUGAUACGUCAAUAAAAUAACUGAAGUUUUUAGGUUCUUUAUUCAAAAUUCAGAGACCCUUUUUAUAAUUGUUAAUUUUUAUUCCAGUGCGGUCGAAAAUACUUGUCGUAUUAAGACGAUCUGUGAAAGACAUCACUUUACCCUCUUGAAACAUGUACAGUCUUGUCGGUUCAGAUCAGGACAGCGUUGAGUUGGUUUUCAGAUGAAACAAAUAGGAAAAUUGGGAUUUUAAGUACAAUAUUUUUUGGAUAAAUUUUUUAUGAAAUGUAGACCUAUUUACCUGUAGAAUCUUUAAGCGAGGGGAGACAACCACAUUCGAUGUGGCGCUUUGGGAGUGACAGCAAAAUGUACUAGGUCUUCCAUGACCAGCGCAAAUCUC